AUGACCAAGAGAACCGCCCCAUCAGUCGAUGGCGCAGCGCAACCCGAGAAGCGCCUCCCGAAACGACAGAAGCUCGACACGCCCCGGGGUCCUCCACCGAAAGCCGAAGAAAUCCACUCUGCGCGCCAGUUGCAACAGCUGCUAGUCUUCCAGCAAGACAACACUCAGCAGCUGCGGAACGGCAUCCAGAGCCUCAAGGUCUUCCUCGAAUCCAUCCUCUACCCUAAUGACGACCACCCCCUCCCCCGGCAGCGAGCCAUUCUUCGCGAAUUCCUCGAGACGCAGAAGCCGCGCAUAAGCGAUCAAGAUGCCCCUUUCAUGUCGAACCUCAUGCAGACCUGGAGCUUCGCUUCGCAAUCAAACAACGACACGAUUUCCUCCGCCGUCGUCGCCGUUCUGGCCCUCCUCCUGAAGACGCUGUCCUACAACCCUGAAUUGCGCGAUUAUGGCAUGCAACUCUCUCGGACAAUUCUGCAGGUAUCGCAAUUGAAGCUGCUGGCCCGCGGACUGUCGGCGCCGAAACACAAGGAGUCGGCCAUCUCGCCAUGCCUGCGUUUGCUUACCGAAAUUGUUUCUUUCGACAGCGGCGCUCUCGCGAAGCAGCUGUAUUCGAAGCGCGACUUUACUUUUGAAGGGAAAAUACUCGCGCGCAAUCUGGGCAUAAGACAUACCGAGGAAGAAGCGGCAAAAGCCAAGAAGAGGCCGUCGGUUCGCACCAAUGCCGUCAAGUACGUCCUGGCGCAUUUUAGAAACCAGGAAGAGGGAGCCAAGAUAGAUAUCCUCAAGCAUGGCAAUGUCAUGAAGGCUUUGUUCGACCACAUCAGAGAUGACCCGCCGGAGGUUGCUGCCGAGAUUUUGGAGGUCGUAAAGUCUCACGUCAUUGCCGAUAAGGAGAUACCGAGGUCGAGCAAAAGCAAUCUGCUGACGGAUCGCGCAUUGUCGAGCAUAGCGGGCUUGUAUAGGGUGGAGCAAACGUUGGAGGAAGAUUCGGAUGAAAAGGCCAUUGAUGUGGUCGCACAUCGAUUCUUGCUCCAUGUGUGCAAGUCAUCGGAGACUGGGAUUUUGAUCCCUUCUUCGGGUUGGUAUCCGCCCGGAACAGACAAGGAACCCGAACGCGAUGAUCACGACGCUGGCGACGGAAACAUCGACCUGGGACUGGAUUCUCUCGAGUGGUACGACCGUUACCAAGGACGUGUGACCGUACGGAACCCCAACUUGGCCUCGUUCAUGCAGGGUCUAAGACCCUAUGCCAACAAGCUCGAACAAGAAUUGGUAUUGGCUAUAUUCGAAGCUUGCCCGGAGCUUUUUGCCGAUUACUUCUUCAAGAAGACAAGCUUUACCUUCGACCCCAAGUUGACUGCUACUUGGAUCGGUUACGCAUCGUUUCUGUUUUCGGCAAUUCAACUCCCGGUUCCUCGAUUCUUCGGUCACAGAGAUGGCUACGCAUCCGCACCUCCUCCUGUCUCUAUUGCUAUCGAAAGCCUUCUGCCGCAGCCGCUUACGCAAAAGGUGUUGACAAGAUGCUUGAAUCAGAGUUCAGACCUGAUAACCUUUUUUGUCAUUAGGCUUCUCACAAUUGCUUUCCAGAAGCUCGAGAAGAUUUUGGCCCAAUUCAAAGACGCAUCUUCGCAGUACUCGCAUCAGCUUUGGCAACAGGCAAGCGAAAGGCUUCUAUCGGAAUUUUGUGCACGCUGUCCCAAGAUGAAGGAUGUCAUUACAGCCUUUCGCAGAAUCUCUGACGCGAAUCUCAUGCAGAGGGAAGCUAUCACUAGGUUGUUGUCCAUGUACUACAACGUGACACCUCAAAUCGCUCUCGAUGAGAAAUUCGACGUGUCUAUGGCACUAACCAAGUCCCUUACCGAGCUUGAUAAGCAGACAGCAUCUGGAGAAGAGCGCGAGAUCAGACUGCUCGAGCUGAGUCAUCUACUGCAGAUUGCAAGGAGUGCACCUGACAUGCGAUGGUGGCAGAAGCCAGAGUCACUACAGUUCUCACCUUUCACGUCUGUCCUCAAGGUUCUGUCCUCCUCUCCAGAUGGUGCUUCUUCCGAGACCAUCGCGCAGCUGCUCAUCUCCGUCAUUCGCGACCAUGGCAUGCUUCGAACUGAUGGUUACCCAUCAUCUUUCGAUGCACUCAUUUCCAGUCUGAUGGCCAAUGAUGAGCUUGCAGAUAAUUCGGUCUUCAUCUUCCUGGAUGAAUGCCUCGGCCGCUUUGUGAGACGGCCUAUCAAGUAUCAGGACGAUCUUGACGCGACAGUAGCCUCUGCGGAGGUGGAGAAGACUUCAGAGUCUCCUGUCAGUCUUUUGCUUGCAACCCUUGUGGAGCAGUGGCCGUUUGUCUUCAAACUCGAAAAGAAUGCAGCCACUAACGUUUCGCAAUGGACUGCGCGCUUUUUCGCUUGCCUUAAGAAGGUCGGCGAGAAUGAGUUAGUCCUACAAACCUUGCUUGACGGCAUGGUCAAGGCUUCCAGCGGCUCGGCUUGCGGGAAAUACCUUAAUACAGCGCUGAGCGGCGCAAAGGCACCCGAGAUCAAGCCGCUGAUCAGUAGACCUGACAAUGACGGUUCUGAAAAUGAGGCUGGCGGAAACGGCGACUCACUCGACGAUUUUGAGAUAUCUCUGGAACUUCCGCCGAAGGAAAACGAAAAUCAUCCGGAACUCACGCGGUGGAUGCAUAAGGAUGUUGAUGAAGCAGUUGAAGAAGGGCACAUGGCAGCUUUGAUUAUGUGCCUCUGUUCUGAGCACUUGUCAAUACGUCGCCAGGCGCUGCCUAAUGUGCAGAAGCUGAUGGCGAAAGUACAGGCUUCGGGGUACGAAGAGCACGAGCUUAUCUACCUUCUUCUUGGCGAAGUCUAUGAGACUGCCCGACCUCUUAUCGGAACGGAUGAGCCUCUUCCGUGGAUUGCCGGAACGCUCGCUGCUCGUGCGAUACCGAUCCUGGCAGACCCGACGAACUUUUUGUACCCGAAGGUGGGCUCAUUUUUGACGCGCGGACCAUCGUGGACGGUCGGCAGACUGCCGUCGUACUGGGCGGAAAAGAUCAUCCUUAACCCGCCCGAGGGCGAUGACGCAGCUCAUUGGCGAGAGAUUGAGUGGCUGCUGGAAUGGUACCUCGAUGGACUACGAACGGAGAAGGACCUCGGCAUUUUCCGGGCCAGAGGCAUCUUCGAGAGGAUCCUGGCAUUAUUGCUGGAAACUUGCGACAAGAUACGGGUGGAAGAGUGGAGUGGCGGAGAUGCAGCGCAGGAGAUGCAAAAGCUGAUUGAGUGA